GAGAGUGGGACAGCGAGGAGGCUGUCAAACAAUCGUGGAUUAAGAUAUAAGCUAUUUCUUUAGUUAUUGUGCGAAUGCAUGUUAGCUAUGUCAUCUAUUUAAUUGUACUAGAUAGCGAGCUAAUCAAGCUAACAUAACACACGCUAUCUUUAGUCUUUAAUUGACAGUCUAGAAAAAAAUGAGAUAGGGGUAUAAGGAAUGUUUUGGUGAAAACGAAAGCUUGACGCUUCCUUUUUCCCCCCCAGAAACAAAACAGCAGUCAUUUGCCAUAGAUUGUUUCCUGGUAUCAUUGCUCAGUCUGAAUGGGUAACGUUUAUAUUGUUAGCUAGCCAGAAAGCUAACUAAUUGACGCGAGUGCCUCUAGCGAGACUUUCAAGACUCAACAGCAUCGACAAAAACGAACACAACCAAGCUAAGCCAACUAUGGACGGAUGUCAACCAAACAUGCAGCAAAGUAACGACGAAAGAGGUGUGGAAAAAUGUAUGGACGAAUACCUCAAAUCCAUCGGGUUUCACCGGAAAAAAAUUGCCAAAGAUGGGUCGUGUCUGUUUCGGGCUGUAGCUGAACAGGUGUUACACUGUCAAAGCCUGCAUACCAAAGUCCGUGCCACCUGUGUGCAGUAUCUAAAGAAGAACAAGGAGAACUAUGAAGCGUUCAUAGAAGGAGACUUCGAGGAGUACUUAAUCAAACUUGAGGACCCUCAGCACUGGGUGGGAGAGGUGGAGAUAUGUGCACUGGCUCUGAUGUACAAGAGAGAUUUCAUCAUCUUCCAGACACCUGGUCAACGUCCUGUUCAAAUCACUGACAACGGCUUUAAUGACAAGGUGCGUCUGUGCUUCCUGAACGGGAACCAUUACGACAGUGUCUACCCCGUAGCUCAUGUGAAGAAUGCUGCCCUCUGCCAGUCCGUCCUGUACGAGCUCCUCUAUGAGCGUGUGUGUGGCACGGACCGUUCCGUGGUGGCUCCCUGUCUGAAGGGCGGUACUGGUAACCGUGGUAACGACCUUCUAGAAGACGACCCGGACAAUGAGCAGUGUCGUAGCAGCGACGAGUCGGACCUGGAGGGAGAGGACGCUCUCUGGAGCCACGAUGGACCAGCUGGACCUGCAGCCCACAGGGGACUCACCGUUAAGGGUCGAGGAGGUCCACCCUUCUCCAACAGGGUCAGACGUUCUCUCAACCCUCUCCUCUACAGAAACACUGAGUACGAUGUCUGGGUCAAGUCCAAGAGAGCUCAGCAGAAGCUGGAUUUCUGCAUCGCCGCUGGGAUGCAGUAUACAGUGGGAGACAAGUGCAAGGUUCGCCUUGACAACGGUGGACGUUACUAUGGCGCCUACAUCCAGGAAGUGUCGCCUGACAACGGGCCUGUCACUGUCUUCAUAGAGGAACUGGGCAAGAGACACACUGUGUCCCUCUGGAACCUGCGCCCUCCCACAGAUGAGACGUUGUCCUGGAGCACGGUGGCCCGAGACGGAAAGAGACUGAACAACGGCUCUACUCCAAACUCUGAUUGGGAGGGCAGGGGAAGAGGAAGGAAGUCAGGGAAGCCUUCGACGCCGUCGGCAACGCAGUCUGUCUCCCAGGCUAAAGGACCCUCCCAAAGUGGUGGGCGUGGUGUCCAGAAGCAGCACUCUUGGCCCCCGCAGGCCACUGUAGAGGAGGGAGGGGUCCGGAGCACCCUCCACCUCAACACCAGGAGACCGUCUUCCAGCUCUGUGUCAGAGGCAGCAGCAGUAGCAGCAUUUGGUCUAUCAGAGGCACAGCGUCAAGCCAGAGAGGAGGAACAGAGGAACAUGGCCCUGCUGGAGAUAGAGCUACGGGAUGAGAGAAGCUUCCCUGCACUGGGGGUGGUGUCUAAUGCCAGUGAGGGGAAGAAGAGGACAGGCAGAGGCAUGAGGAGAUCAACACUAGACGAGGAGAGGAAGACCCCAUCACCUCCUACUCCUAACCUUCCUCCUACCACCACUACUCCUAACCUUCCUCCUACUCCUAACCUUCCUCCUACCACCACUACUACUCCUAACCUUCCUCCUACCACCACUACUACUCCUAACCUUCCUCCUACCACCACUACUACUCCUAACCUUCCUCCUACCACCACUACUACUCCUAACCUUCCUCCUACCACCACUACUACUCCUAACCUUCCUCCUACCACCACUACUACUCCUAACCUUCCUCCUACCACCACUACUACUCCUAACCUUCCUCCUACCACCACUACUACUCCUAACCUUCCUCCUACCACCACUACUACUCCUAACCUUCCUCCUACCACCACUACUCCUAAUGUGGCUCCUUCCAUCUCUCCUUCUGUUCCUCUCUCUACUCCGGUCUCUGUUCCUCUGCAGUCCUCCAUCUCCUCCUCCUCCCAUCCCCCUGCCUCCUCACCCCCCACACCUGUCUCUGCCCCCCCUCCCUCCUCCCUCAUUCCUUCCACCCCUUUCCAUGUCAACCCCUGGUCUAAAACAACUUCUGCUGUUCCUGUUGUCCCCACCCCUCACCUCGUCCCCACCCCUCACCUCGUCCCCACCACUCACCUCGCCCCACCUGUGUCUGGGGUUUUAACUGCCCCCCCUCUGGUGACCUCUGUGCCCAACAUGGUGACCUCUGUGCCCAACAUGGUGACCUCUGUGCCCAACAUGGUGGACCAAUCCCCCCAGACAAUACAGACUGUUCCUCUCAACCCCCCCUCUCUCAAUCUCACCCACCCCUCCUCUCUUCCUCAAUCUGGUCAACCCUAUCUACCCCAAUGUUCUCUUUCUCAGCCCCACCUCUCCCAGCCUUCUGUCCCCCUGGAUCCUCCGUCCUGUGAGGUCUCCUCAGCCUACCCCCCAGCUUUAUCCCACACGGGUGUACCCCCCACUUCCUUCCUACCCACCGACCACCCACCUCAUCCCCCCAACCACUCUCCUCAUCCUUCCUCCCACCCUUCCCUUCCCCCCGGGCUCUCCCCAGCCCCCCUCCAGCCCCCGCCUGUCACCCAGCCCCCCCUGUCGUUCCACCAGCUGGCUCAUCUCUACCAAGACCCCCUGUUCCCAGGGUUCCCUUUGUCUGACAAGGAAGAGAUCGUCCAGACACCCCCUUACUCUUAUAUCCACACUGGAGAGGACCUGCCACGGGAUGUCAACAUCCUGAGGUUUUUCUUCAACCUUGGUGUGAAGGCGUUCACCAACCCCAUGUGGCCCCCCCACUCUUACAUCCUCCCUCUUCACCAGGCCUACAGCAUGCAGCCCAAACUACCCUUAGUCUCCCUCCCCUCUUCCCACUGGUACCCCUCCCACCCACCCCAGGAGGGGUACGGACACGCCCACCCUCAGUACACCCCCCCCUCAGGUUUGGGGGGCCUCCAUCUGCAUGACAACCUCCAGAGAUCAACCCCCCAAUCAGCUGCAGAACCUCCCCAGCAUAUGGAAUUCAGAUACGGGCAGGAUGAUCGCUCCGCCCUGGGGUACCCUUCCAACCGCCACCUUCACCCUGCCUCAACCCAGCCCGUGCCGUUCCAGCCCCGUAUGGGUGGCUCUUUACCCUGGUGUGGUAACGUUACCCCGCGACCGAACGCCUACGCUGGGGUAUGCUCUGUACCCACACCCCUGACACAAUACUCUCCACAAGCACCCCAACCUGCACCUACCAACCAGUACCCUCCCGCACCCCAAUCUGCACCUCCCAACCAGUACCCUCCUACACCCCAAUCCUCUACCCACACUUCUCAAGCUCAGCCCUACACUCCAGCUCCAGCCACCUCCCCUCCCUCUGUACCCCAGUACCAAUCAGCGUCUCUGGGGUACCCUCCUCCGAGGCUGCCCAGUGGGAACCAGACCCAGGGACAGCUGGAUCCUUGCCCCGCCAGCGGUGCCUCUUCACUGGGUAUGAGGUCCAGCCACAGCCCCCUGGAGAACCAUAAUGCUAAUACUACCUCUGUUGUCAAUAUUACUACUGCUGCUGCUGCUGCUGCUACUACCUUGUCUAGUACUACUGCUUUCAACACAGAGAGAGCUUUACAGACUGUUCAUGCAGGCUUCACAGACGGAGGACAGGGAGACAUGAAGAUGGCUGGCACUCUGCUAGUGAACGCUCCUCUUCCUCCUACUGAGCAGGUCACAUGGGUCCCCGAGGGUCACCUGACAACAACAUUAAGUGGCGAGGCCAUUUUCAAGGAUGUAUCCGUCGGCAUGGCGAUGCAGGGUGCGGGCGACGCCCCCAUGACCCAGAGGGGGGCGGAGUUUAACAUGAAAAUGACCAAUGAGACGACGGCGGGGAGCUGGGGCGAGACUUCGUAUUUAAUGACACUGCCCCUGGCUCCAAGCGGCGAAACAUCAUUGGACUGGGAGGGAGGGGAGGGGCUAGACCCUAAUGACCCCACCCUCAGAAACGGAAAGAAGUUCUACAGUCGCUCUUUCAGAGGUGGAGGAGGGAGGGGAGGACACGAGGAGGGAGGAGCUAGAGGGUACAGAGAGAACCGUUGGAGGGGGGAGAGACGGGGGGUAGGAGGUUACCGAGGAGUGGGGAGGAGAGAUAACAGGGACGGUUUCCGGGAGCGAGACCGAGGGGACAGGAGGCAGGAAGGAAGAGGAGACUACCAGGGUAAUGCCACCUCUAAAGGACAAAAUGUGAGGGGUCGGGGGAGGGUCUACCACUACAAUCAACAGCCAUCCAAUGGCAGAGAGGCAGGCUACUCUAGUGGGCUGAGGAACCCCCCUUAUACAGAUUUGUGAGAUUUGAUUGGCUGAUAUGGCUUUAUUGGGAUUGUUUAUCAUUUUUGUUUUGUUUUCUGGUAUUUUAAUCGUCUUGUUUGUGGGACUCUAUAGCUGUCGUUGGACUCGUCUUUAAAAAGUGUCUCCAUGUUAAUGUUGCCUUCUGGACUCGGGCUGUGUCCCAUAUUUAGUGCACUAUUGAUCACGCUCUAUAGGGCCCUGGUCAAAAGUAGUGCACUAUAUAGGGAAUAGGGUGUCAUUUGAAAGAUGUUAAACCUGUACAGAUAGGUAUUCAGUGUUUGCAUUUUCUGUUUAAUAAAACUUUGCUGUAUUUAG